CGAGGUGGUUGCGACUCGUGAGCUUCCACACUGAUCGAGGGUUUAGGGUUUUCCCCUCCCCUCCCCUCCUCCUCCCCGAGCCCCCGCCGCCACCGGCAUGGCUGGGGCGGGGGACGAGGACGAGUUCAAGGACGCCUUGGCGGCCGCGGAUUCGCCACCUUCCUCGCCGUCGCUCGCCUCCAAGCCCAAGCCCGCCGCUGCUGCUGGGGGCGGUGGUGGCCUCGGGAGGAGGCUGCUCUCCUCCAUUCCUAUCCCCGCCUCUCUCUCCGCCGCGAUCGGCCGGUUCUCCGGCCCCAAGCCGCCGCCGGCCAACGUGGGUCUCGGCCUCCUGCUCCACGGGGACCUCGCUACCCCCGCCGACGGCUACGGCACCCCUGCCUCCGACGCGGCUACGGCUAUCAGCAGCCCCCACCUGCCCCCGUUGGCUUCUCUCCAGCGGCAGCACGGGGAGGAUCAGGUUGCUAUGCUUGGCGCAGGUGUGGGGGAGGAGGGUCUAGGGCUAGUACCGGCGGAGGAGCAAGGGCGGCCUACAGCUGAAGAUCGGGAGCAGGAAGGGGUUGCUGUUGAUGGGUGCUCUGCGAACAGAAAUGAUUUCUCUUUGCGUGGUCAGGAGGAGGAGGGGGAGCAGUGCCAUGGUGAUGAAUUGGGGGUGGCCGUGGACGGUUGCAUGGUCCAAGAUCAAGAGGAGUUGGUGGAGCAGGAAGGGGCCCCCAAGGAUUGUGCUGCUGUGGUGGAAGAUCAGAGUAACAGCACUGCUGUAGAGCAAUGCGCCAGUGACGAAACAAGGGCAGUCAAGGAUGACAAUGCUGUGGAAGUAAAGGAGCAGGUGACAGACCAAGAAGGUGCUGUUAGCAUACUGUUUGCAGCCGAGGAUGGCAUUGCUGUGGGAUCGCAAGAGGAGGAUGAUGUGCUUGUGGCAAAGCAUGGUGAGGAUGUUAUUUCUGUACAAGAUCAGCUUGAGGUGGUGGAGCAGUGCACUGGUGAUCAAUUGAGAACAACCACAGACGAUAGUGCUGGGCAAGAUCAAGAUUUGUUGGAGCAAGAAGAGGCAACCGAGUAUUACACUGUUCUGGGAGCUGUAGAACAAUGCAACAAUGAUGGGUCAAAAGAGGUGAAGGAUGUCAAUAUCAUGGAAGAAGAGGAGAGGGCGGUGGAACAAGAAGGUGCUCUUGGCAUACUGGAUGCAGCCAAGGAUCUUUGUGUACUGGAUACAGCCAAGAAUGGUGCUCCUGUGGAACCUCAAGAGGAGGAUGUGGUGGUCAAAGAGCAAAAUGAGGAUGUCAUUUUUGUACAAGGUCAACAUAAGGUAGUGGAGCAGUGCACUGGUGAUCUAUUGAGAACAGCCACAGAUGAUAAUGCUGCACAGGAUCAAGAUGUGGUGGAGCAAGAAGGGGCAACCGAGUAUUACACUGCUGUGGAAGCUGUAGAACAAUGCACCAAUGAUGGAUCAAAAGCAGUCAAGGAUGGCAAUGUUGUGGAAGAAAAGGAGAAGGCCGUGGAGCAAGAAGUUGCUCUUGGCAUUCUGGAUGCAGCUAAGGAUUGUUCUACUGUGGAAUCACAAGAGGAGGAUGAUGUGGUGGUGGCAGAGAAGAGUGGGGACAACAUUUCUGUGCAAAAUGAACAUAAGGUGGUGGAGCAGUGCACUGGUGAUCAAUUGAAAGCAACUGCUGAUGAUAAUGCUACCCAAGAUCAAGGAGUGCUUGAGCAAGAAGUGGCAACCGAGUGUUAUACUGCUCUGGAAGCUGUAGAAGAAUGCGCCAAUGAUGAAUCAAGAGCAGCCAAGGAUGGCAAUGUUGUGGAAGAAAAGGAGAGGCCGCUGAAGCAAGAAGGUGAUGUUAGUGUACUGAAUGCAGCCAAGGAUAACAUUAUUGUGGAAUCACAAGAGGAGGAUGUGGUGGCGGCAGAGCAAUGUGAGGGUGACAUUUCUGUACAAGAUCAACAUAAGGUGGUGGAGCAAUGCACCAGUGGUUUGAGAACAACCAUGGAUGAUAAUAGUGCAGAAGGUCAAGAGGUGGUGGAGCAAGAAGGUGCCGUUGUUGAUAGGGACUCGACAACCUAUGGCAUUGCUGUUGAAGAUAAAGAGAAGGAAGUGAAACAAUCUGCUUGUGACGAAUCAAGAGCAACCAAUGAUGAAAAUGCUGUGGAAGCUAACAAGAAGAUGAUGGAUCAAGAAGAUGUCAUUGACAAACAUGGUGUGAUCAAGGAUGUCAGUGCUGUGGAGUUACUAGAGGAGAACAGCGUAGUGGUUGUAGAGCAAGGUGGGGAUGCCAUCACUCUACCAGACGAGGGUAAUGUGGUGGAGCAGUGCACCAGUGAUCAACUGAGAGCAACCAUGGAUGAUAAUGCUGCAGAAAACCAAGAGAUUGGGGAGCAAGGAGGUGCCAUUGUUGAAAGGGUUGUGAUUACAGAUGGCAUUAGUGUUGAAGAUCAAGAGAAGGAAGUAGAGCAAUCUGCUGGUGCUGAAUCAACAGCAACCAAGGAUGAGGAUGGUGUGGAAGAUAAUGAGGACGUGGUGGUUGCAGAGCAAGGUGGGGUUGAGAUCUCUGUAGGAGAUGUGGGCAAUGUGGUGAAGCAAUGCACCAGUGAUCAGCUGAGAGCAAACAUGGAAGAUAAUGCAGCAGAAUGCCAAGAGGAGGUGGUGGAGCAAGAAGGUGCCAUUUUUGAAAGGGGUGCGACCGUAAGUGGCACUACUGUUGAAGAUCAAGACAAGGAAGACGAGCAAUCUGCAGGCAACGAAUUAAGAGUAACCAAGGAUGAGAAUACUGUGGAAGAUGCCAUUGACAAACAAGGUGCAACUAAGGAUGGCAGUGGUGUGGAGUCACAAGAGGAGGACGUGGUGCUUGGAGAGCAAGGUGGAGAUGGCAUUUCUGUACGAGAUGAGGGUAAUGUGGUGGAGCAAUGCAGCAGUGAUCAACAGAGAACAACCACAGAUGAUAAUUCUGCAGAAGAUCCAGAAAUGGUGGAUCAAGGUGUUGCUAGCAUACUGGGUGCAGACAAGGUUGACAUUGCUGUGGAAUCGCGAGAGGACAUUGUGGUGGCAGAGCAAGUUGAGGAUGGUGUUUCUGUACAAAAUCAAGAUAAGGCUGUGGAGCAAUGCACCAGUGGUCAACUGAGAACAAGCACAGAUGGUUUUGCUGCGGAAGAUCAGGAGGCAAGCAGGGAGAAUAUUGGUUUUUCUACACGAUACCCACAGAGGCCUGGUAAACUGAACUGCCGUUUUUACAUGUCAAACGGGAGCUGCUCAUAUGGGUCAUCAUGCCACUUCAAUCAUCCACAGCUCAAAGCAACACUGGAAGUUUCAAAUUUCCCCUCUGAACAAAGAAAUCGUGAAGUUGAAUUUCUGGAACUGAACCGUGUUGGCCUCCCCAUUCGAGAAGGAGCAAGGAAAUGUACCUAUUACAUGCGUAAUGGUACGUGCAGAUAUGGAAAGAAAUGUUGUUUUAACCAUCCAGAGCAAGUCCUUGAUGUUCAACUUCACAUGCCAACAGGGUGGGAUGAUACUAACUUGCAAUCUUCCCCGCACUCAAAGAAAUCAGCUGAACAUACAACCAUAAAUGACAUAUCAUCUGGCUCUGAGAUUCUUCCUCCAAACAUACUUCGGAUGCUUUUACCUCCUCAGAAUGAGCCUCCUUGUACAGAAGAAAAAGAAAUGAAGGUGAAUAAGGAUCCCGAUUGGCCAUCUGCUUCAGAUGAUUCUGAUGGGUGCUGUUCAGCAGACAGUUCAGAUGGGCCUUUGUGCAAGCAGGAACACGUGGACUAUCCUGAGAGGCCUGAAUGCCCUUUCCUUCAGAGAUUUGGUAAUUGUAAGUUUGCAUCAGCAUGCCAAUACUAUCAUCCAGAAGACAAAUUUCCAAGUAGAUACAAUCCAAUAGACAAAUUCCCAAGUAGAUACCAUCCAAAAGACAAUUUCCAAAGUAGAUACCGUUCAAAAAGAGACCCACCACUGGCAGAAGAACUGAAGGUUUAUCCUGACAGACCUGGUGAACCUGAAUGCCCCUUCUAUAUGAAAACUGGGUCCUGUAAAUUUGGGGCAGACUGUAAAUUUCAUCACCCAAAGGAUUUAACCCAAAGCAUGCAGUGCCCAGGAAGUCCAAAAAGGUCGGUUGCUGCUAAUGAACACAAUCCAGCAGCUAGAAUCCCAAGCAUACAUGGCCCAGCAAGUCCAGAACGGUCGGUUGCUGCUAACGAACACCAUCAAGCAGCUAGAAUCACACUACAGGACCAUAUGCACCAGCAACAAAAAUAUCCUGCAAGACCUGGUCAACCAGAUUGCCGGUACUACAUGCAAUUUGGGACGUGUAAAUUUCAAUCAGCAUGUAUGUUCAAUCAUCCAAAAGAUAGACUUUCAAGUGGGUGGCAUCCGGCACAAUGCCCAUUCUACAUGAAAACUGGGACAUGCCAAUUUGGAUCAGCUUGUGAAUUUUCUCAUCCCAAAGAUCAGUGUUCAAGCACAGGGGAAGCAAUUGGUGAUGGUACUGACUAUGAGCAUGAUUUCGUCACGAAGUCGGAGAAUGUUCUGCAACAACAGGAAAAGACAAUAUAUCCUGAAAGACCUGGCGAACCUGAGUGUUCUCACUACAUGAAGCAUGGCUACUGUAAAUUUCAGAAGAGCUGCAAAUUCCAUCAUCCGACAUACCGUCUUUCAAGGACAUAGGACAAUUUCGCCACUACCACUUCUGUAGCUGACUCAGGUGGGGGUAUGACUGGCUGUGGCUGAUGAUUGGAGGAAGUUUUGAUGAUGGAACAUAAAUGCUUGUAGGGACGUAGCUUGAACCCUAGUCUUCCUUGGUGAAGGGAUCAAUUAGUUCAUGUUUAUGUUGAAUUCCUGCCCUAUUCGUCGUCUAGAGUUCUCGCACCGGAUGUGAACUGCCUGGUGGCUCCCAACGCCCAGUCACUAAUGCCAUUUAACGUUGAUGCGACCUCCCUGUGUUGUUAACUUGAGGUUGCGAACUACGCAAUUGGCAUGCAGCUCUAGAAUCUAGAUGCCUGCACUGACCGAAGAUUGUGAUCAUGGCCAGAUUAAAAUAUCGGACCAUCUUUUGUAA